GUAAACGUCGCGUUAGCACAAUUAUAACGAUAUUUCUAACCGAAACUGUUGCUAUAAUCUUCAUGACCUCUUUGUCGGAGCAACCACGCGCCGGCGCCUGGACGAUGCGACGAGGGGGAUCCAAAGAUGAACCGCCGACUGCAAAUAGGAUUCCUAUUUUGCUUGGGGGCGCACAUGAACGACCGCGGCGAAGGAGGACGGGUUUGAAAGCCAGCGCCACGCUCGUCCUUGCAUCAUGCGCGGGUGCGCCCUCGCUUGUACUUGCUGACGGUGUAGCUGCGCGCACCACCGACGUGGCCAAGAAAGGCAUGGAGAGGAAAAUAGCGUCGGCUGCACAGACACUAUCGCCAUCAAGUAAUCUACAUCCCGAUCCCGAAGGACAAGGAACUACAGCGAAAGUACAGCACCUGAAUGAGUUUGAGGAGCACGGGAAAACAUCAACAAACCAACAAGUAGAAGUUAUCAGGAGCCCGCUGAGAGGAACACGUCCAACGUCAUCGAAGGAAGCUGAGGCGGACAACCAGGAGCGCGCCAAGCGGCUUGACCAUCUUGAAGAGAGAGGACUUGCAGGCGCAGUUGCAGCAGCACCAAGAAUAGACGAGGAAGACCAUCAUGAUGAAGAUGCUGUAUAUGUCUCUUCAUCUUCUCGUGACGAGAAAAACCAUCAUCAUGAUGGAGAUGUUGUAGAAGAGGUCUCUUCAUCUUCUCAUGUUGAUCGACGGGGUGGCGUGUUGCUUCAGCGGGAGCAGAAGCAGGAUACUAGCAAAAAAUUCACGUCGCGAUCGGCCUCUAGAAGGAUGGGACGCCGGGUAGCCGGGACUGCUGGUGGGCAGCUAAAAAAAAUUUCACAAGACGCAGCGCGGUUCCUCGCUUCUAAGCGCCAGCCAACGGAGCAACUUGAGUCAUUCUUCUCUACCGAAACUCUGACGACAGUGCAACCUUCGUUGCAGCGAAUUCCAGACCUCGCGGAGACGGAGUACAAGCAACUCCUGACCAACUUUGUCGAAAAUCAAAGUAGUAGAUACAUCGGCGAUCCAGGAAACGGACAAGCGCGACAAUUUAUCAAGGAAUACUUCCACGAGAUACCAGGGCUCACUGUACACUCACAUGACUUGUUGUGAUGAAGAACAAGUUGAACCGUCAUUACAUCCCAGUUUUUGGUUCCUUAUUUCAAGCGGGAUGAAUUUGAAGUGAUGGUCAUUCAUCAUGUCUGUUUUUUGAUUUUCAUGUAGCAUUGUUCUUGUUGAACAAGAACCAGCAAGUACAGGAGGUAAAUUGUUGUUCCCGACAACAUCUUCAUCUGCGUCGAGAUAAUGUCGAUAAAACUCGACAUUUCACGUACACGUUUUCAACUUUUCGUUUUCAGGUAAGCGAGCAAUCCUUCAGUUGUGGGCAGACGUCUCAAUGUAAGAAUGUGGUUGCCGUUUUGCAUCCACAAGCGAACAAGCCCGUAGUUGUGGUUGGUGCGCACUACGACAGUCGGCCCUUCGGAAGCGUAGCACCGGGUGCGGACGACAAUGCCAGUGGAACAGUGGCGAUGAUGUUGGCAGCAAAGAAGGCAGCCCAAUUUUUUCACGAACAGCAAGCAAACGCAUCAAUGCAGCAGCGUUUUCCGAUUUAUUUUGUCGCCUUCUCUGCGGAGGAAGAAGGGCUCUACGGCAGUGCUGCUUUUGCGCAGAAAUUGAAGGAUGACGGAAUAGCCGUAAAGCAAGCGCUGAUCAUGGAUCAGGUACUUCUGCUUGUUCUACUUUCGUGUUUAACAUUCAUCCUGUUCCUGGUGCGGGAAGUUGUAUUCUAUUAAUCAUCAAACAAAAAGAAAUUUUGAUGGCUACCUAGUGCUAGUAAUGUGCUCUUGUUGAUCUCGACAACGACAAGUUUUUAGAAUGUAGUUUAUUCUAAUUUUAUGGAUUAUUUUUACAGCAAGAAUAAAACGACUUAACGUUGAUUUGCGCUACAGCAGGAGCUGCUCCUGUGUCCGAGAACUAAGAUAACUGCUCUCUAAAUGCAGGUUGGGUAUCAAAAGAACGCUAGUGGCCCAAACGGCUUCAUAUUCGAGACAACGGGCGAACGUCCUUCCACAGCGGAAGGUACUGCUCUCGUUGAGAGCAAGCGCCGCGUGCUAGAGCAGGAGAAAAGAAAAAGAUCUUCUUCGACGUCCGAAACUACAAAAGAGGAAGUAGAAAAUAGUAAAGCAAAUGGCACAUCGACUAGCAGGUUCUCCAAGUCCCAUGCAGGAACGAAGACAUCUUCAAGUAAAACUGGUCCUCCACAGCAGCACUUGAUCAACUUGCUCGGCGAGCUAUCGGAACGGCUGAUUCCGCAGGCCUCGAAGCUCGACCUUAACGUGAACUAUCACGGGUUUGGCUCCGACCACAUAUCGAUGCUCAAUGCUGGUUUUCCCGCAGUGCUCUUGAUCGAGCGGGACAACCUGUAUGCCGAAGAUCAGUUUGGCCACACCACACAGGACACGCUGGAUAAGAUCACAUGGCCUUUCGCAACGAAGAUAGCCCGCUUGGCCGAGUACGCUGCAAUCGAACUCGCAGCGGAGGACGCAACAAGUUGAAGAAGAACAAGUUGUCUACAUUUUUGAUUUUCGAACUGGGAGAAGCAGUACGCGUAGACGUAGAGCCACCAGAGCAAGUUUACAUUUUUAACAACAACAACCACCACAUCCACAAUGUUUAAGAAAAGUCUCUGAAAAAAUGACGAUGUAAGUAUGUAUGAGUAUAUACAAUGAACCAGUACUAGCAACGGGUUCAAUAACAUACAUAGUUCAAAGUAUCACAGGCUAGCGCAGGGAUGACGACAUCCCUGCGCUGCUGUUAAGUUUAUUAAGUCGCUUCGGGCUGUCUCGUGUAAGUAUAAGGUCUAGACUUAGAAAACAAGACCGCUGGGCUCUGAUGUACUUACUGGCAAAGUGCAUGACUUUAAGGAAAAAGGGGAAGAAGAGGGAGGAGGGAAAUACUGCAGAGAC